AUGUCGUACGGCUACGGUACUGCCUCCCACACUGGGUUUGGCGGCGGAUAUGGAAGCAGCUCUAGAGGCAGGCCUAACGACAAUGCAAGUUAUGGAAGGAAUUACAGCAGCCAUGACCACGGAGGCCGCAGCUACGGCGGAUACAAUGUCAGAAGGAGUUAUAAUAGAGACUCUAGUUCAAACUUAGGGGGCCGCUUAACCAUAGUGGACUGGAAGAGCGAAAACCUGGUACCAUUUGAAAAAAAUUUCUACGUUGAACAUCCAAAAAUCUCUGCUAUGACCCAUCAGAGGGUAGAGGAGUUUAGACGUCUCAAGGAAAUUAUCAUAAUUUCUGGUAAAGAUGUUCCAAAGCCUGUAACAUCCUUCGAAUACUCAUCUUUCCCCAAUUAUUUGCUUGAUGCCCUUAAGCAAGUAGGUUUUACGGAACCUACCGCUAUACAAGCUCAGGGUUGGCCCAUAGCUUUGUCCGGGCGGGACAUGAUAGGCAUUGCAGAAACUGGUUCUGGCAAGACUUUAGCAUUUUUAUUACCUUCUAUCGUUCAUAUCAAUGCACAACAAUUGCUGCGCCCGGGAGAUGGACCCAUAGUGUUGGUAUUGGCCCCUACGCGCGAAUUGGUGGAACAGAUACGGAAUGAAUGCAACAAAUUUGGCCAUUCUUCCAGGAUAAAAAAUACAGUAGCCUAUGGCGGCGUACCAAAAAGGUCCCAAAUUGCAGAUUUGAGACGUGGUGUUGAGAUUUUACUUGCUUGUCCUGGAAGGUUGAUUGAUUUCUUAGAAUCAAACGUCACCAAUUUAAGACGCGUUACUUAUUUGGUUCUAGAUGAGGCUGAUAGGAUGCUUGAUAUGGGAUUUGAACCGCAGAUAAGAAGCAUCGUGGGUCAAAUUAGACCAGAUAGACAGACUCUCAUGUGGUCAGCCACUUGGCCAAAGGAAGUACAAGCUCUAGCUCGCGAUUUGUGCAGGGAGGAGCCCGUGCAUAUUAAUAUUGGGUCUCUAAAUUUGACUGCAUGCCAUAAUAUAUCGCAAGAAAUCAUGCUCGUCCAAGAACACCAAAAGAAACCUACUCUCAAAUCAUUGCUACCAAAAUUAAUGGAUGGAUCCAAAAUCAUCAUCUUUGCCGACACCAAAAAGGGCGCUGACAUUUUAACACGAGAACUUCGAAUGGACGGCUGGCCCGCAUUAUCGAUACAUGGAGACAAAAAACAGGAUGAAAGGACAUGGGUUCUUAACGAAUUUAAAUCUGGCAAACAUCCGAUCAUGAUAGCCACCGAUGUAGCCUCCAGGGGGCUUGACGUUAAGGAUGUUAGAUUCGUGAUCAAUUACGAUUUUCCCAAUCAGAUAGAAGAUUAUGUGCAUAGAAUAGGGCGAACUGGAAGGGCUGGCACUAAGGGCGUUGCAUAUACCUUUCUAACCCCAGACAAGCAUAAAGUAGCCAAGGAUCUGGUCAAAAUACUCCGAGAGGCUAACCAGCCUAUCAGCCCUGAAUUGUCGAGGAUAGCGCAUGAGCAAAGCUACAGCGGGGGUGGAAAUAGACGUUGGGGUGGGUACUCUAAGUCGAACAAUUCCAACUACGUGCCCCUUGGUAGACGCUGA